AUGGCAACACUGUCGGUGGCUUAUGCGCCAAUAAAAUCUCCUAAAACGGUUAUGGUAACGCUGCAUCCCUGUAAUCCUGAGUUCGGGCUUGGCUUUGGAGCUGCGAAUCUUGAAACAGGAUUUUCGGAGAUCCUCGGAGAUGAUAGGUCACAGUCAGACAGUACACAUUUUCAAUAUAAUCUGAUUCCACAAACGCGAAAAUCCCGAUCAAAUAACACCCGGGAGUCCGAGCAACAGAGGAUUCAAUUCUUCCAAUGGACCAUAAACUCUCAGGACGUGUCAGACUUCAAGUGCGAGGGGGGGAAGAAACCCAUCUACAACCCCCCUAAGCCUGUCAUAGGUGUCAUAGGAGCAGCGUCUUCGUCCGUGUCUGUCAUGAUUGCCAACAUCCUCAGGCUCUUCAAGAUCCCGCAGAUCAGCUACGCCUCGACGUCAACAGAGCUCUCGGACAAGGCGCGGUUCGAGUACUUCAGCCGCGUCGUUCCUCCCGACAACUUCCAGGCGAUGGCGAUGGUGGAGAUGGUGCGGGCGCUCGGCUGGAAGUACGUGUCCACGCUGGCCGACGAGGGAGACUACGGAGAGAAGGGAAUCGCCUCCUUUACGAAGCUAGCGGAGAAGGCGGGCAUCUGCAUCGCCGUCGUCGAGAGGAUCCAGCGCAUCUCCAAGCCGGAGGACUUCGAUCGCAUCAUCGGGAGGCUGUCGACGAAGCCCCAGGCGCGAGUCGUCAUCAUGUUCGUCGACGAAGAUAACACCAGACGCCUCCUGGCCGCGGCAGUGAAGGCGGAGAAGGUUGGCCAGUUCCUGUGGGUGGGGAGCGACUCGUGGGGGGCUAAGAUCCACCCCGUCAGAGACCAGGAGGAGGCCGCCCUUGGUGCCAUCACUAUCCUGCCGCGGAGGUCGUCGCUCUCAGGGUUUGACGCCUACCUGCGGUCGCUGCGGCCGAAGCGACGCGGCACGCCCUGCCUCGCGCCAGGCCCCGGCCCCGGCCUCCAGCGCAACUGCCGCAACGUAUGGUUCAAGGAGUUCUGGACGCAGCACUUCAACUGCACCUUCAGGGAGCGCCUUCCCCCCGGACGGAAGGCGUGCACGGGCAACGAGACCAUCACCCACGAGCAGGAGGGACUCGUGCCCUUCGUAGUGGACGCAGUAUACGCCAUGGCCCACGCUCUGCACACCCUGAUUCUAGAUAAGUGUGGAAAUCUCACUCUGUGUGAUGCAGUGUUGCCAUCUCCAUCGGGCCAAGAGAUGCUGCAGUAUAUCAGGAACGUGUCGUUCAUAGGUCAGCAAGGUCGCGAGGUCAAGUUCAACGCGGACGGCGACGCCCCGGGCAGCUACUUCAUCUACCAGUACCAGAAGGUCAGCGAGAAAUCCUACGAUUACGUCCGCAUCGGCAGCUGGACUGAGAGCCUGCAGUUGAACGUCGACAAGCUCAAAUGGACGCGAGGACAGAAGGAGAAUCACACCCACCCCUUGUCCAUUUGCUCUACCGCGUGUCCAGCUGGCCACAUAAGGAACUUCCAGGACUCCUGCUGCUGGAGCUGCGUGCCGUGCCCUGAGGACUCGAUCAUUCACAACGACACCUGCCAGCCCUGCGCCCUCGGCUGGGCUCCUACGCCGGAUAAGGUGUCCUGCUAUAAGCUCUCCCCCGAGCAUAUCACGUGGGAUUCUGCGUGGGCCAUCGUGCCCUUGGUCUUCAGCGCCCUGGGCCUCCUGUGCACCCUCCUCACCACCAUCACCUUCAUCCGGUUCAACACGACGCCCGUGAUCAUGGCGAGUGGGCGGGAGCUUUGCUACGUCCUCCUCUUCGGCAUCGCCCUCUGCUACCUCAUGACGUUCAUCAUCCUCGCCCCGCCCUCCACGCCCACCUGCGCCCUUCUGCGGGUGGGACUCGGCCUGGGACUCUGCAUCUGCUACUCCGCCAUCUUCACCAAGACGAAUCGCAUUUCGAGAAUCUUCAACCGAGGCAUCAAGUCCAUCAAGAGGCCGUCGUACACCUCGCCGCGCUCGCAGAUCGUCAUCUGUCUGGGCUUAGUGGGCGUGCAGUUCGUUGGCGUCGUCGCAUGGCUGCUGGUGGAGCGUCCUGCAACCAAGGAGGUCUACCCCUACCGCUUGGUCGCCGUGCUAACCUGCGGCAUCUCCAACAUAUCGCUGAUCCUCUCGCUCGGCUACAACAUGGUCCUGAUUCUGCUGUGUACAGUCUACGCCUUCAAAACACGCAAGAUUCCCGAGAACUUCAACGAGGCGAAAUACAUCGGCUUCACUAUGUACAGCACCUGUAUUGUGUGGCUGGCGUUCAUCCCCAUCUAUUUCGGCACCAAUAAUGAUUAUAAGUCACCGUUUACCACUUUGGUCCAUCUGCGGCUUGGCUCUCACGCUGUCGACUCUGGCCUCAGUGGUUCACAGAGCAAAAGCUACGGUCAGAGCAUGCGAUUCACCUCGCGGUCCCAGACGGCGCAGUCGGUGCUCUCCACCAACCACUCGCUGCUGGCUGCGCCGCCCCCGUCUACGGUGAGCCAGCAGGUCAACGGGGACUCGCUCACGGUCACCACCCCGAGCGUGGACGAGACAUCCAUAACCUAGGGACGGCGCGAGGUGCUGCUCUAACUGGAGACGCACUUCGCGGUGGGGUCGGCGACCGCCCGAAGACCUCGAUUCGUCUAGCGGCGGCGGCGGCGGCAACGGCGGCUCGUCAGCAGCAGGAGGAGGAGGAGCCUUCUACGCCCCCCCACCACAGCGACGACGAGAGCGCGGUAGGUGACUCGUUCGACGGUUCGGAUUCGUUCGUCGGAGACUCGCUGAGCUGCGGCUCCUCGCUCGUGACGACAACGUGCGAGAUGGGGAG